CCUGAGCUAAGCUGAGCAGCCUGCCAGAGAAGAGAGAGAAUUAAUUAAUCUAUUUAUUCAACUUGUAUUGUACCAGUUGAAUCUGAGAUUUACAGUAAAGAUGGUGACCUGUGGAACUCUGGUGAAGAUCUGGACAGCAGCAAUCGUCAUAGCAAUGCUGGUCUGGACAGGGACAGUAGAUGGAGAGAAGCUGUCGUCGUGCUGUAAGACAGUGACCAGGAGCGAAGUGACCGAUCCAAUCACAGGCUACUGGACUCAGGCCUAUAACGCUCCCUGUGUACGGGCUGUCAUCUUUGAGACGAAGAAGGGUCUGAUCUGUUGUCACUAUAAACAACCCUGGGUACGCCGCAAGAUUCAACAGUUUGAAAUGGCCCGCAGGAGCUCAACAUCUCCCUCUCUCACCUCCUCCCCUACCACUACCUCCUUACCUUCCUCUCCUCCUUCAGUCAACUUCUCUCCCCUCUCUCUCACUUCCACCCUUAGGUCUUUACCCUCCUCUCCUCCUCUCUCCUCCUCUACCAACUCUCUCACCUCCACCUCUACCUUCUUACCCUCCUCUCCUCCUCUCUCCUCCUCUACCAACUCUCUCACUUCCACCCUUAGGUCUUUACCCUCCUCUCCUCCUCUCUCCUCCUCUACCAACUCUCUCACUUCCACCCUUAGGUCUUUAGCCUCCUCUCCUCCUCUCUCCUCCUCUACCAACUCUCUCACCUCCACCUCUACCUUCUUACCCUCCUCUCCUCCUCUCUCCUCCUCUACCAACUCUCUCACUUCCACCCUUAGGUCUUUACCCUCCUCUCCUCCUCUCUCCUCCUCUACCAACUCUCUCACCUCCACCUCUACCUUCUUACCCUCCUCUCCUCCUCUCUCCUCUUCUACCAACUCUCUCACCUCCACCUCUACCUUCCUACCCUCCUCUCCUCCUCUCUCCUCCUCUUCCAACUCUUUCACCUCCACCUCUACCUUCUUACCCUCCUCUCCUCCUCUCUCCUCCUCUACCAACUCUCUCACCUCCACCUCUACCUUCUUACCCUCCUCUCCUCCUCUCUCCUCCUCUACAAACUCUCUCACCUCCACCUCUACCUUCUUACCCUCCUCUCCUCCUCUCUCCUCCUCUACCAACUCUCUCACCUCCACUUCCACAUAUACCUUCCUACCCUCCUCUCCUCCUCUCUCCUCCUCUUCCAACUCUCUCACCUCCACCUCUACCUUCUUACCCUCCUCUCCUCCUCUCUCCUCUUCUACCAACUCUCUCACCUCCACCUCUACCUUCCUACCCUCCUCUCCUCCUCUCUCCUCCUCUUCCAACUCUUUCACCUCCACCUCUACCUUCUUACCCUCCUCUCCUCCUCUCUCCUCCUCUACCAACUCUCUCACCUCCACCUCUACCUUCUUACCCUCCUCUCCUCCUCUCUCCUCCUCUACAAACUCUCUCACCUCCACCUCUACCUUCUUCCCCUCCUCUCCUCCUCUCUCCUCCUCUACCAACUCUCUCACCUCCACUUCCACAUAUACCUUCCUACCCUCCUCUCCUCCUCUCUCCUCCUCUUCCAACUCUCUCACCUCCACCUCUACCUUCUUACCCUCCUCUCCUCCUCUCUCCUCCUCUACCAACUCUCUCACUUCCACCUCUACCUUCCUACCCUCCUCUCCUCCUCUCUCCUCCUCUUCCAACUCUCUCACCUCCACCUCCACCUUCUUACCCUCUUCUCCUCCAUCUCUCUCCUCCUCUCCUCUGUCUGUUUCCUCCUCUCUUCACUCGCUCUUCUCCUCUCUUUUCCCUGCUUCCCCCUCUUCUCCCUCCGUAACGUCCUCUCCCUCCUAUCUCCUCUCCUCUCUUUUCCCUGCCUCCUCCUCUCCUCCCUCUCUCACUUCCUCUCCUACAUCUCUUUCCUCCUCCCCUCAUCGGGAAUCAACCGAGAAUGCCUUAACUCAGCAGUCAACAGCCAACCAAUAGAAUCAUUGCCAAUGGCUGAAGUUCCACUAAAGUUCCACUUCUUCAUAUCUAAAAAAACAGACUUCCAAUUUGCAUAUUACACUCAGAUUUGAUAUAUUUUUAGUUAUUAUUUAAUUCAGUUGUCAUCAUUAUUUAUGAAAUAUCUUCAAGGCCAGUGUCUCGUGUAUUUAUUAGUUAAUUUCUUCAAGUAGUUAUGAUGACUUUUAGUUAUUCAUUAUGCCAAUGAGUUCUUAAUGUUAUUUAACACAUGUAUUUAUUAAGUACUUAUACAUUUAAUUGGUUUCUUUUUGAUCAAUCAAUGUUAUUUUAAGAAAUGUUUGUAAGAGCAAUUUCCUUUUCUACUUAUUUAUUCAACAAUAAUGAGUUGUAACAUCAGAAAAUUGAUGAAACUGAAAUAGAAAAUAAAAUGAUGGAACUAUUA